GUGAGGGUGGCCAUUAGCCCAGGUGAAAAGGGAGUGAACAGAAAAAGCGAGGCGUUCUUUGAAACGGGGAAACCGUGUAACCAGUGUGGUGCAGUAGCUUCGCACGGGGGAAAUCUUAAUCUAAACUUUUCUCUCAAGCGGAAAAAAAAAGACAUCUUUGAGAAAGUUGAGAAGCUGAGUCUUAACAGUUCACCAUGAGUCGCGACAGGGUAGACUCCCUGGAUUCCCUUGAGCCUGAUGAUGAUGCUAUGCCAUAUAGUGAUGAUGAAACUGAUGAUGAGCUGGACCAGAUGUCUGAGGCUGAGGAAGCAGAGGAACCACCAGCUGUAGAGGUCAGACCAACUGAGGGUCCAUGGAAGGUCAAAGCAAAUGACAGGGACUUCUGUAACUUACCAGAAUUCCAGAAGAAGGUCUUUCUCUGCUUCAAGAAGAGCAAGUAUGCGGGAAAUGCCAUCAAGACCUACAAAUACAACUUUUUUACGUUUUUACCCUUGAAUCUGUUUGAGCAGUUCAAACGAGCAGCAAAUAUCUACUUUCUUGUGUUACUUAUUUUACAGAUUAUUCCUCAAAUUUCUACCCUGCCCUGGUACACUACCCUGGUGCCUCUGGUCAUUGUAUUGGCAAUUACAGCGAUUAAAGACUUGGUGGAUGACCUGGCCCGCCAUAGAAUGGACAAAGAGGUCAACAACAGGAAGUGUGACGUUCUUCUGGAUGGCAGAUUUAAGGAAUCAAAGUGGAUGGAUAUCCAUGUUGGAGAUGUGGUUCGUUUGAAGAAAAAUGACUUUGUUCCUGCUGACAUUGUGUUGUUGUCCAGUUCAAACCCCAACAGUCUUUGUUAUGUUGAGACGGCUGAACUUGAUGGGGAAACUAAUCUAAAAUUCAAAAUGGGCUUGAAAGUGACAGAUGAACACCUUCAAGAGGAACAGCAGAUAGCAAACUUUGAUGCUAUGAUUGAGUGUGAAGAGCCAAACAACAGACUGGACAAGUUCACAGGUGUCAUGAAGUGGAAUAAUGAAGCCUUUCCCCUUGACCUUGACAACAUGCUUCUCAGAGGCUGUAAGAUCCGCAACACAGAGGUGCUCCACGGCCUUGUCAUCUUUGCAGGUGCUGACACCAAGAUCAUGCGUAAUGGUGGCAAGACCAGGUUUAAAAGGACUAAGAUUGAUGAGCUGAUGAACUACAUGGUUUACUCUAUCUUUGUUCUUCUCAUCCUGGUGUCUGCUGGCCUGGCCAUUGGGAACACCUUCUGGUACGACCAGAUCGGCAGCAAUGCAUGGUACCUUUAUGAUGGGAAACAAUACAAUUCGUCUUACAGGGGUUUCCUCAGCUUCUGGGGUUACAUUAUUGUGCUCAACACAAUGGUGCCCAUCUCCUUGUAUGUCAGUGUGGAGGUUAUCCGUCUGGGCCAGAGCAAGUUCAUUAACUGGGACCUGCAGAUGUACUAUCCCGAGAAGGAUACAGCAGCUAAAGCCCGCACAACCACACUGAAUGAGCAGCUGGGUCAGAUCGAAUACAUCUUUUCAGACAAGACUGGAACUUUAACGCAGAACAUCAUGGCAUUCAAGAAGUGUACCAUCAGUGGUCACACCUAUGGUGGUGAUACCAGUGCAGAUGGUGAAACAUUAGAUACUUCACAGCCAGUUGACCUAAAAUGGAACAAGUAUGCAGAUGGAAGAUUCCAAUUCUAUGAUCAUUCUCUGAUCUCAUGUAUCCAGUCAAAGAAGAACCCAGAUGUGCAUGAAUUCUUUAAGCUCCUUUGCCUCUGCCACACUGUCAUGGUAGAACAGAAAGAAGACAUUAAUGAGUUGGUGUACCAGGCUGCCUCACCAGAUGAAGGAGCGCUGGUGACUGCUGCCAGGAACUUUGGCUUUGUGUUCUUGUCACGCACACAGGACACUAUCACUGUCAGUGAGUUGGGUGUUGAAAAAACAUAUCAGAUGUUGGCCCUUCUGGAUUUUAAUAGUGACCGGAAGCGCAUGUCAGUCAUCUUGCGGUUUCCCGAUGGCAAAAUCCGUCUGUACUGCAAAGGGGCUGAUACUGUCGUCUAUGAACGCCUGCACCCCAGCUCCAAGCACAAGGAGAGAACACAGUCGGCACUGGAGGCUUUUGCGAACGAAACACUUCGGACACUCUGCUUGUGCUAUAAGGACAUUACGGAGGAAGAGUUUGAUUCCUGGGCCAGGAAGCACAAGGCUGCCAGUGUUUCAAUGAGCGAUCGAGAGGCUGCCCUGGAUGAAGUGUAUGAGCUCAUAGAACGCAACCUGCAGCUAAUUGGUGCAACGGCCAUUGAGGACAAACUCCAGGAUGGAGUACCAGAUACUAUUGCAAAACUUGCUAAGGCUAACAUCAAAAUCUGGGUCCUGACUGGAGAUAAGAAAGAAACGGCAGAGAACAUUGGCUAUUCAUGUCAACUUUUGACUGGUGAUAUGCAAAUCCAUUAUGGAGAAGAUGUUAAUGAGAAGCUUGAAGCAAGACAAAUCCAAAGGAGGAACAACACAGAGAGUUCAGGUCGUCAAGUAAAAAUUAAAGAGCCUUUUUUCGCGGCUCAAGAGAACAACGCUCUGAUAAUUACUGGAGGCUGGCUGAAUGAGAUCUUGUAUGAAAAGAAGAAAAAGAGGCGGCGUCUCCGACUGCGCAAGUUUAAAAAGAAGACCAUCCCUAAGGACGGCCAGCCGAUGGAUGAGCGUGAGAAAGAGCAGCGCCAGAUAGACUUUGUUGACAUGGCCUGCGAGUGCAGUGCAGUUAUUUGCUGCCGUGUCACACCCAAGCAGAAAGCAAAUGUUGUCAACCUGGUCAAGAAGUACAAAAAGGCUGUCACAUUGUCUAUUGGAGAUGGAGCCAAUGAUGUCAACAUGAUUAAAACGGCUGACAUUGGGGUGGGAAUCAGUGGUCAGGAGGGUAUGCAGGCUGUCAUGUCAAGUGACUACGCCUUUGCCCAGUUCCGCUACCUGCAGCGUCUCCUGCUAGUUCAUGGCCGCUGGUCCUACAUUCGUAUGUGCAAGUUUCUACGCUACUUCUUCUACAAGAACUUUGCCUUCACUUUGGUGCACUUCUGGUACUCCUUCUUCAGCGGAUACUCCUCACAGAUUGCCUAUGAAGACUGGUUUAUUACACUGUACAAUGUCUGCUACAGCAGUCUCCCUGUUCUUCUAGUGGGCUUGCUGGAUCAGGAUGUCAGUGACAGUCUGAGCAUACGCUUCCCCAAACUGUACUUACCAGGCCCGCAGGGGGUGAUGUUCAACUAUAAGAACUUCUUCAUCAGUCUGUUCCAUGGCAUCUUCACUUCUCUAAUAAUCUUCUUCAUCCCAUAUGGAGCCUUCAGGCAGACUAUGGGCCAGGAUGGGGAAGCCCCAUCUGAUUACCAGUCCUUUGCUGUUGUAACUGCCUCUUCUCUCACCAUCAUUGUGAACCUGCAGAUAUCCCUCAACACUUCAUACUGGACCUUUGUAAAUUUCUUUGCUGUCCUGGGCAGUAUAGCAAUAUACUUUGGAAUAAUGUUUGACAUCCACAGUGCAGGAAUUCAUGUCAUCUUCACUUCAGCCUUUACAUUUACUGGGGUUGCCUCCAACACCUUCAGACAGCCCUAUCUGUGGCUUACUAUCAUCCUGACUGUGGGAAUUAGCUUGCUGCCUGUAAUCUGCAUCGAGUUCCUUCAAAAGACUAUCUGGCCAUCUGAGGGAGACAAGAUCCAGAGGAACAGGAGGAAGUAUGAGGAGCAAGUGGAAGUAGUAAAGAAGCCUGAACCGUUCCAGAGAGGCAGACGCUCCCGGCGCUCUGCCUAUGCCUUUUCUCACUCACGUGGCUAUGCUGACUUGAUUGCCUCUGGUCGUAGCAUCCGCCGGAAGCCUACGCAACGGCCCAUCCCGGAGAUCAAUCAGGCUGAGAAUAGUUGAACUGGUCUCCUGCAUUUUCUGUUUAGACUAUUGAAACUGAAAUCCAUUCUAUGGAACAAACUAUUUUUAAUGUACAGAAUGUGAAACUCUUACUCCUCAGUUUUAAAGGUGGCUUUUUUUGUAUGUAUUGGUGUUGUCAGAUGCUGCAAGGGCUCUGUCCAGGCAGUUUGAACCCUGCCUUUCUGUCUGGUAUUUGUCAUGUUCUGGAUCCUUCUGUAUUUCUAUACUGCAAGACUAGCCAAAACUUUGAUGAAAUAUGAUAUA